UGCCUUAACGUGUCCAUUCUACUAAGCAAAAGAAACAAGCAAGAGAGAGAGACACAACUAGAACCAUGAAGAUCUCAAAUAAAGAUUUUCCCUUACUUUUUGCCUUUACCUUUAUUAUAUCCAUUCACAGAAUUUCCAGUGCAAUCGAUACUAUAACUACUCUUAGCGAUGGUGAGACUAUGGUUUCAUCUGACGGAACCUUUGAAUUGGGAUUUUUUAGUCCUGGAAAUCCCAAUAAUCGAUAUGUGGGCAUAUGGUACAAGAGGAUAAAAGUUAUGACUGUGGUAUGGGUUGCCAACAGAGAAGUUCCACUUACAAACACAUCAGGACUCUUGAAAGUUAUCAAUCCAGGACUUCUAGUUCUGCAAAAUGACACUAAUGGUGUCAUCAUAUGGUCUUCUAACACAUCAAGACCUGUGAAAACUCCGGUUGCAAAGUUGUUGGCCUCGGGAAACCUUGUUGUGAAAGAUGCAAAUGAUGAUGACCCAGAGAAUUUCCUUUGGGAGAGUUUUAAUUGUCCAACUGAUACAUUAUUACCAGGAAUGAAGUUUGGUUGGAACUUUAAAACUGGUCAUGAAGUGUAUCUAUCAUCAUGGAAGAGCAAAGAUGAUCCAGCUUCAGGAGAUUUUACAUAUCACUUUGAUCCUACAGGUUAUCCACAACGUGUCUUGAAAAGAGGUUCGUAUGUGACAUUCAAAAGUGGACCUUCGAUUAGUGGGACGCGAAACUUGAGGAAAAAUCCUUUUUACAAAUACAAAGUAGUUCUGAACAAAAAUGAAGCAUACUUUACAUAUGAGAUCCAUAACAAAUCAAUUAUUUCAAGGGUAACAUUGAGUGAGAGUGGUGUUUCACAGCGCUUGACCUGGGUUGAUACGACGCAGGGGUGGGUGGGUUCUAUUACUUCUGCAACAGAUAAUUAUGACAUAUAUAGAUUGUGUGGUGCUUAUGGUAGCUGCAAUGUUGCAAGUUCUCCGGUCUGUGUAUGUUUAGAUAGAUUUUUGCCUAAAGAUCCAGAUGGUUGGAACAAGACAAAUUGGUCGAGGGGGUGUGUUCGCAGAACUCCCUUGAAUUGUACAAAUGGAGAUGCAUUUCUCAAGUAUUCUGGUAUUAAGUUACCCGACACGCGAUAUUGUAGAUUUAACGAGAGUAUGACACUUGAGGAAUGCAAGGUAGAGUGCCUGAAGAAUUGCUCUUGUAUGGCUUAUACUAACUUAAAUAUAAGCACAGGGGGAAGUGGAUGCCUACUUUGGUUUGAAGAACUAGUUAACAUAAGAAAAUUAUCUCAAGACGGACAAGAUAUCUAUAUUAGAAUGGCUUCUUCCGAACAAGAGCUAAAAGGAAGAAAAAGAGAAAUUCUUGAAGUAAGUUUGUCACUAUUGACAGGAAUGGUUCUUCUUGGUCUGAGUUUAAUGCUUUAUCUGCAAAAAAGGAAGAAGAGUAACCACCGGCAGAGAAUUAGAGGCAAGCUUCAACACAAACAUACGGGUGAUCACAAUGAUGAAAAUCACAACGAAAGCAUAGAGCUACCACUGUUUGACAUGCAUGCAAUAGCUAAAGCUACCGAUAAUUUUUCAAUAAGCAAUAAGCUCGGAGAGGGUGGGUUUGGACCUGUUUACAAGGGCGUGCUGGAAGAGGGGCAGGAAAUUGCUGUCAAACGACUAUCAAGAACUUCCCACCAAGGACUUGUUGAGUUCAAGAAUGAAGUUAACUGUAUUGCUAAACUUCAGCAUCGAAAUCUUGUGAAGCUUCUAGGAUGUUGUAUUCACGGAGAGGAAAAGAUGUUGAUUUAUGAAUACAUGCCUAACAGAAGUCUGGAUUUGAUUCUAUUUGAUUUAAUGGGCAGUGCACUGCUUGAUUGGCCAAAGCGCUUCCACAUUAUAAAUGGCAUUGCCAGGGGCCUUAUGUACCUUCAUCAAGAUUCCCGUCUUAGAGUCAUCCAUAGAGACCUCAAAGCCAGCAACAUUUUGCUAGAUUCUGACAUGAACCCAAAGAUAUCAGACUUUGGAAUGGCUAGAAUUUUUGGAGGGAAUGAGACUGAAGCAAACACAAGUCGAGUAGUUGGAACAUAUGGUUACAUGUCACCAGAAUACGCAAUGGAUGGCUUAUUCUCGGUAAAAUCAGAUGUAUUUAGCUUUGGCGUUCUAGUGCUUGAGAUUGUAACUGGCAAAAGAAACAGAGGAUUUUCUCACAGAGAUCAUCACCAUAACCUUCUUGGACAUGCAUGGAUGCUUUAUAGAGAAGGAAGGUCUUUGGAAUUAGUCGAUGCUAACCUUGGCAUCUCAGAAUAUUUAUCAGAAGUGCUGCGAUCAAUUCAUGUGGGACUGUUAUGCAUUCAACAAUGUCCAGAAGAUAGGCCAAGCAUGUCUUCACUAUUAUUCAUGUUGGGGAAUGAAGGUGUGUUGCCUCAAGCAAAACCACCUGGUUUUUUCACUGAACGAGAUUUAUUUACUGCUGGAAGUUCAACCAGCACAAAUGCAGCGAGUUCAAUAAACCAAGUGACCAUUACACUGCUAGAAGCUCGAUAAUAAGUUACAUUAGUUUCCCCAAUAGUACUUUAUCAUUCUUUUUUCUACCAGUAUACCAAAUUGUAUCUCUCUUCCAUUAUAUGCAUUAAUUCUUCUACAUUAA